UGAAUUUUGAAUUCAAAAGGGUCGUUUUCGUUUGUUGUUGCAACAGUUGUAUUCAGUGAAAUAAUAUACAAAAUCUAAAUAAAUACCAACAAUAAUGGCUUCAGAAUCGAAAGAAACUUGGUUCCUCGAUAUUGUUGAGAAAUUGGACGACUUCUGCAAACGUGUAGACGAAAAGAUCGAAAAAGAGCAGCAACAAAUGAAAGCAUGUAAGAAGAAGACUGAAUUAGAAACUAAACUUGCACAGGAAAUGAAAUUACACAAUGAGCUGACGGAGCGCCUGGCAGAGUUGGUGCGGCGUGGCAGCGAGCUGGACCGCGUCUGUGCCACCUUCGAGUCACACCUCAGUAUCGCAGACAGCGAUAGGAACAGAUUGGAUAAUGCUAAAGAGACAUAUCAGCUAGCUAAGGAGCUGACAGGCAUCCGAUGGGACUUCAGUGCUCCGCCUAAUGUGGCCAAAGGAUAUAUAAAGAGUGAAUCCCGCAAGCUACUGCAGCCUAUAGAACUAGACAUGUCGAGCGGGGCCGACAGCGGAGCCCUGUGGGCGCUACUGCAGACCACCGCAGCCCCCGGCUGGCCGUUCCAGGGAGACAAGGAAAACAGGCCUUGUAAUGAAGUUAAAUAACAUUCAAAUUAGUUUAAGGACUUAUUUUCAUUAUUGGAGUGUAUAACGCGACGUCCAGGGGCCUUAGUCUGCUAUUACAAUUGUGUCAGAAUGGUCGAUCACUGAGCAGUGCAAGAGAGACGGAGCUAUGUAGGUUGUAUAGCUCCAUCCCUCUCGCACUGUUCAAUGAUCGACCAUUGUGACACAAUUGUAAUAGCAGACUAAGGCCCCUGCUUGAGCGAUCUAGACGCAAAGGCGAUGCGGUGCGGCGAGGCGCGAAAGCAGCAAUCUGUCAAAAUGUAUUGACGUGUCCUACGUCACCAACCGCACGUGGGAUGCGGUGAUAUAUAUAACGCGAUCUAUUGGCUUGAUGUUGUCGCGCGAUUAUAUAGGGUGACUGGUAAUUAGUGAACGAUAUUUAAACACGUGAUUGUACUCAUAAUUACAAACAACUUUCCCGAAGAAACGUUUUUUGUAUA